GUUCCAUUCUUCUAGAUACUUGAUCAAUCACUUUAUUGUCUGACGGACAAGUAGGAAAGAGUUGGCCGACAAUUGAAAGGUCGAGGGUGCUGUCCGAAAAAGGACUAGCGCCAAGUCCCGUGCCAACUCCAGGAUAUUCGGGACCACGACUUUCGACCAGCUGCAGUACAAGUCCUGACGUCGAGCUACGCUCUCUCCCCUCUCCUCACCAUUGUCCAUUGAAACACCGAUCCGGACGCAGUUCGGUGGUCUCGUCCGUUUCAUAUCCAGAAUUGAGACCAUGCAGACGUCCCGGGCCGUCAAUUCCGCCAUGGGCGCCAGGGCAUUUGUCCCCGCCCCCAAGAUCCGAUUCCAGAUCCAGCGCCGGAAUCUUCAGGAUGUCGCGAUCACUAGAACUGGAAAGCCGAUUCUGAAGGUCCAGGGUGGCCGGUCCUCUUUGGGAGGUCACACCGCGACCGUCUUCGGUGCUACUGGUUUCCUCGGUCGUUACAUCGUCAACAAGCUCGCUACGCAGGGAUGCACCGUUGUCGUCCCCUACCGUGAGGAGAUGACGAAGAGACACUUGAAGGUCACUGGUGAUCUUGGCCGUGUCAACUUCAUUGAAUACGAUUUGCGCAACACCCAGUCCAUUGAGGAGGCUGUGCGCCAUUCCGAUGUUGUCUACAACCUUGUCGGUCGUCAAUAUCCCACCAAGAACUUCUCCUACACUGACGUCCACGUCGACGGUACGGAGCGCAUCGUUGAGGCUGUUGCCAAGUACGACGUUGACCGCUUCAUCCACGUCUCUUCCUACAACGCCAGCCGGGACUCUCCUUCCGAGUACUUUGCGACCAAGGCCUGGGGUGAGGAGAUCGUCCGCAACAUCUACCCCGAGACCACCAUUGUCCGCCCUGCGCCCAUGUUCGGUUUCGAGGACAACCUCCUCCACAAACUCGCUCGUGUGACCAACCUCCUCACAUCGAACCACAUGCAGGAGCGCUACUGGCCCGUUCACGCCAUUGAUGUCGGUACUGCUCUGGAGCGCAUGCUGCACGACGACAGCACCGUCGGUCAGACCUUCGAGCUGUACGGUCCCAAGAACUACUCCACGGCCGAGAUUGCCGAGCUGGUCGACCGCGAAAUCGUCAAGCACCGCCGUCACGUCAACGUGCCCAAGGCCAUCCUCAAGCCUCUGGCUUACUACCUGAACAAGUACCUCUGGUGGCCCACCAUCUCCGCCGACGAGGUGGAGCGUGAGUUCAUCGACCAGGUGAUCGACCCCAACGCCAAGACGUUCAAGGAUCUCGACAUUGAGCCUGUCGACCUCAGCACCCUGACCUUCCACUACCUGUUGGGUUACCGUAGCGCCUCGUACUACGAUCUCCCUCCGGCCACGGAGCGCGAGAGACAGGAGGAGAAGAAGUACCUGCACGUUCUGGACGACCAGUAGUCUGUUUUUUUU